AGUGCUACUCUCUUCAUUUAUCAUCUUGCUCACAAUAAUGUGUAGGCAUUCAUACCGAAGCUCAAGGAUCAUAUCCUAUAUCAACUUCGACAGUUAGAUGUGAGCCAUUGUGAUCAUACUUUCACGGACGAUGAACACAAUUCGGUUAUCGUCUCAGACAACAGGCUAUAUUCUGUCCAAACCAUGCAGGUCCAUUACAUGACUUAUGACCUUCAAUGAGAGCAUGAUACUAUUAACCCUCGAACACACUCUGAUGUCAUGGUAUUAUCUGGGGAAAUGAGGCCCCAGCAUCCAUACUGGUAUGCAUGGGUACUGGGAAUCUAUCACAUGGAUGUAUUGCUCAACGUCAAAGGCCCAUUCAAAAAACAUCAAAUCGAGGUCCUUUACGUUAGAUGGUUGGCACCUCUGACUGGCCACCACUCAGGGAUGAAUUGUGCUUGACUUCCCAAAAUUGCGUUCAUUGAGGACACUGAUAGCGAUGCAUUCGGGUUUCUUGAUCCCACUCAAGUCAUC